GAUAACGGAGGAAUUAGCAGAUCGAGUAUGUAUUUUGGACUUAAUGGUUCCUUCCGGCAGAGUUAUUUCAGUUUAAUCCGGUAUGUCAGUUGUAGAAGCCGCUGGGGAUAAUAUACUUCUGAUUUGCGUGAAAUCAGUAUCCUUUUCCCAUGCUUUUCACAGUAUUCUUCUUUGUUAUCAUCAAAAGACACUGCCAUAAAGCUCAGUUCGUGACAUAUGUUGCUAAAUGCAGGCUUCACAUAUGCAUGGCUUCUGGUAAAAGCUUUGACGACUCCAGGGAAUAGCUGCCUCUACUCCACCGGAUCAUCUUGACUCAUUAUUAGUUUGAGGAGUGGAUCUGCACUUUGCAGAGCGACAAAAUGCUAACGAAUCCUAUAGAGAAGGCAUUGCCCUGCCUACUUAGUUUGCCUGUAUAACACAAGCCAUAUUGUCAGAGAAAGCACAGUCUCUCUUGGAAACCCUUAAAUUGCUUAAUGCUCAUUUACGGAAUAAUUACAUGAAACAACCAGACCCAGAGAAGAUUCCCCUUGGAUUCUAUAUUGGUACGGUCAACAUCACGGAAUAUUUUCCCUGUAAAAUACUGAAAAACCUAUAAAACACUAUACAAGAUUCAACAAAAUGAAGAAAAUGGGCAGUUCCACCGAUAUUGACGAAAAUGAAGAGACUUGUGCUUCCAUUGAAACCGAUGAGUCCCACAGUGAUGACACCAAUCGCAGUGCACAGGAGAACAGGAAGAAGCUGAAGUAUUCCAUCUUCAGCUCACCCAAACCAAAAGGAUGUCGCUUUGGGAAGACAGAGACAGAUCGUGAUAUGGCUCCUAUGGACUCUGUGUACCACGUAGAACGUAAAGUCAUAUCUCCAACCGUUACGUUUCACCGCAAUCUGGAAGGAGGAAAAUUAUGUAAUCAGCUGGUCAGGCAAAGUUCGUCUCUGGAAUCCACGACCAGCUGUAAAGACAGAACUUUUAAACUGUAUGACCAGAGAAGGAUUUUUGAUGCGGCUGCCUAUGGAGACUGUGAAGAACUUGAUGAUCUCCUGGUUUAUCUGCUUAGAACACAUAAACGGCUCACCAAUGAAGAAUUUAAAGAGAAGGAGACGGGAAAAACCUGCCUGCUGAAAGCCAUGUUGAAUUUGGAUAACGGAAUGAACAAUGCAAUCCCAAUAUUUUUGGAAAUUGCAGAAAAGACAGAUGAUAUAAAAGAAUUCAUUAAUUCAGCUUAUCGAGACAACUACUACAGAGGUCAGACAGCCCUGCACAUUGCCAUUGAAAGAAGGAAUAUGGAUCUGGUUCAGCUUUUGUUGCAGCACGGAGCGGAUGUCCAUGCCAGGGCAGAUGGGGAAUUCUUUAGGAAAACCAAAGGAAAGGCUGGUUUCUAUUUUGGGGAGCUGCCAUUGUCGCUGGCAGCAUGCACCAAUCAGAUGGCUAUAGUCCGAUACCUCCUACAGAACCAGUACUCUCCAGCCAAUAUUGCAGCCAGAGACUCAUUUGGAAACACAGUUCUGCAUGCCCUGGUAGACAUUGCCGACAACACUCAGGAGAACACUGGAUUUGUCACCAAAAUGUACAAUGAGAUACUGAUGUUGGGUGCUCAGAUAAAGCCUUCACUGAAGCUGGAGGAGAUUGCAAAUAAAAAAGGACUGACCCCAUUGUCCUUAGCAGCAAAAACUGGCAAGAUUGGGGUUUUUGCCUAUAUUCUGAGGAGAGAAAUUAAAAAUCUGGAGUGCAGACAUCUCUCUCGCAAAUUCACAGAAUGGGCAUAUGGGCCAGUGCAUUCCUCCCUUUAUGAUCUAUCCGGUGUAGAUACCUAUGAGAAGAACUCUGUACUUGAAAUCAUUGCCUACAGCAGCGAGACGCCAAAUCGCCAUGAGAUGCUGUUGGUGGAGCCUCUUAACAAACUCUUACAAGAUAAAUGGGACCGCUUUGUGAAGCGCAUAUUCUACUUUAACUUCUUGGCUUACAUUACAUAUGUUAUCAUCUUUACCAUAGCCGCCUACUACAGACCUGUCGAUGGAAGUCCUCCAUUCCCAGUUCAAUAUGGCAGUUAUCUGCGCACCUCUGGCGAGUUAAUCACUGUCAUCGGAGGCAUCUAUUUCUUUUUCAGAGGUAUCCAGUACUUCACACAGAGACUUACAUCCUUGAAGGCUUUGCUUGCUGACAGCUACAGUGAAUUUCUAUUCUUUGCCCAGUCUGUCCUCCUCCUGUUAUCCACCGUGCUUUACUUCUGUGGAAGGAAUGAAUAUGUGGCCUUCUUGGUGAUCUGUUUAGCAAUGAGCUGGGCCAAUGUGCUUUACUACACGAGGGGCUUUCAGUUGAUGGGCAUAUAUUCUGUUAUGAUUGAGAAGUUAAUUCUGAGUGACAUGGUCCGGUUCCUGUUCGUCUACCUUUUGUUUCUUUUUGGUUUUGCUGCAGCUCUGGUGACUCUCAUUGAAGAUGGAGAAGUCAGAACAGACGUGAAUAGUACAUGUGGGCGACGCUGCUGCAAACCUGAGCCUGCUUCUUACAACAACCUCUACUACACCUGCCAGGAACUCUUUAAGUUUGCCAUUGGAAUGGGAGAUCUGGAAUUUACAGACAACUACAAAUACAAACCCGUGUUCAUCUUCCUGCUGAUCACCUAUGUCAUAUUAACCUACAUCCUCCUGCUUAAUAUGUUAAUAGCGCUGAUGGGGGAAACAGUAAGCAAGGUUGCUCAAGAAAGUAAAAGUAUCUGGAAACUUCAGAGAGCGAUUACCAUACUGGACAUUGAGAAAAGCUUUCUUAACGCCUUCAGGGACACGUUAAGAUCAGGAAAAUCUGUCCUUGUUGGAAUAACACCCGAUGGCAAGGAGGAUUACAGAUGGUGCUUUAGAGUCGAUGAAGUAAAUUGGAACAAAUGGAACUCAAACCUAGGGAUAAUCAUGGAGGACCCUGGGAAUUGUCAUGGAUUAAAAAGCACCCUCAGUGCUUCAUUCCGACCAAGAGGGAGACGUUGGAGAUCGUUGGUUCCUCACAUAAAAGAAAUGAAUUUGAGAAACGAACAUGAGACGGUUCCAGAGGAGGUUCCAUUACAGAUACAACCUGGUUUGACAAUUCAGACAGUGAAAGAAGAAGAUCAGGAAGAGACAUCCCAGCAGUGAAUAUGUCCCUCUCCCUGUGCUCCGUCACUAGAAAUAAGGGUUAAACAGCUGGACAAACACAUAUUUGCUGCCCCACUACAAUAAAACUGACAUUUUCUUAUUCAAUGUUGUGUAUAACUGCAGUACCAGUGUCCCAUCACAUACAAUUUCAAUGUGGACUUUUCUCAACACGCUGCACCUGUUUCCUGAUGUUUAUAAUGUGCCAUUUCUCUCUUUUAUUAAAAAACUCUAAAAAAUC